AUGACUCGCGCCGAGUAUCUCGCUUUGGAUGCUCGUCUCGAUGCUUUUUCUGAUGCUAUAGAGGGUGUCGUCCAGAAAACCCAGGAGAAUCAAGAGAUUUUGCAGGCUAUGCUCCAGUCGGUCUCCCUGAAUUUGAUCAAAGAAGCGGUUUUGGCAUCAAUUAUGUUGAUAUACGUGCGCUGUGCCGGGGAGUCAUCUUUUGGACCUGACUUCUCCUGUUGUCGUUUUAUGAAGUCAUGGCUGAGUGUUCGUCGUGGGAGUGUAUCCAUGGUCCUGUUUGAAGAAGGCUUGCAAGAAGCCUUGAAAAUGUUGCAAAGCCGAAUUUGGAAGCAAGCAGUAUCAUGUUUUUCAACUGGUCUCGCAAUUGAUGUGUCCGAUAGAAGAGCAAGAAGAUUUGUUCACAAACGGUUGCAAAUUAACCUCACUAAAGUCUCAGAAAUUCCUCUUCGCCGGCGUACAAACAUUCGUUCAUUAUCGGUGGCUAUGGAAGUUGCUAAAUUGACACUUCAUCGGCGAAUUCAAGAAGGUGUAAUUAGACGACAUUCAAAUGCAGUAAAGCCUCAUCUCACUGAUGAGAAUACGAAGGAAAGGUUGUUAUUCUGUUUGUCAAUACUUGAGUCAUAUACUCUUGCUAGCAGACCAAUUUUUUGUAAUAUGUAUAACUUUGUGCAUAUUGAUGAAAAAUGGUUUUUCAUGUCUAAAGAAGCAGAGAAGUAUUAUCUUCUCCCUGAAGAAGUUGAACCAUUAUGUACCUGUAGAAACAAAAGAUUCAUCACCAAAGUUAUGUUUCUAGCAGCAGUUGCUCGACUGCGAUUUGAUAUGCAUCGGAAUAAGGAGUUCAGUGGGAAGAUUGGAAUAUUUCAGUUUACAUACAAGAAGCCUGCUAAACGAAAUAGCAAGAAUCGUAUGGCUGAAACAUUGGAGACAAAGCUGAUAUUGUCGGUAACUAAAGAUGUCAUUCGAUCAUGCUUAAUUGAAAAAGUCUUACCAGCAAUUCGAAAAAGAUGGCUAUGUUCUAGUAUGACAGAGACAAUAUUCAUUCAACAAGACAAUGCAAGACCCCACAUUGAUCCACGAGAUUCAGAAUUUUUAGAAGCUGCGUGUAAGGAUGGGUUUGAUAUUCGUUUGUGUUUUCAACCUCCGAAUAACCCGGAUAUGAAUGUUUUAGAUCUUGGAUAUUUUCGGGCAAUUCAAUCCCUACAACACCAACAAGCUCCCACUACAAUUGCUGAGUUGAUUGAUGCAGUAGAAAUUUUUUUCAAUGAAUUAGUAACGGAAACCCUCAAUUGUGUUUUCUUAACAUUGCAAGAAUGCAUGAUUGAGACUAUGAAGUUUUUGAGAAAGUUCUUCUCCAUCUACAACAAUGAGUACACUUUUGAAAACCAAGGUGCUUUGGUUGGCUAUGUGAUUUUGUCAAGUGAUGAUACACCUAUAGUUGAAGAAGCUAAUGACAAAUAG